AUGACAGAUGUGAAGAAUAAUGUUAAGGAUGCAGUUCUUCUGGCUUUAUCAGAGGGGAAAAUCACAGAAAAAGACAAGAAACUCAUUACUGGACUUAAUGAAAAUAAUAACCAAAUGCAUGCACAUGUAUUCAAACCAGUAGUCCCUUAUGUGUACCCUCUAUUUAAGCUGCAUAAAUUAAGUCCACAACAGAUUGAGGGGAAAAUAGUUCCCCCUACCAGGCUUGUCCAUGCCACUAAGGAGGGCCCUCUUUACAGGCUAGAAAAGUGGGUUAGCCCAUACCUAACAGAUAUAAGUAGGAUUUAUUGCCAACAGGAGUUUCUCCUGGAUACACCAGACCUUCUCAGUAACAUAAAAAACCUUAAUGAAUCGGCAGACAUGUCAAAAUAUAGCACCAUCAACUUGUUUACUUUAGACGUGAUCAGUCUGUAUCCAAGCAUAAAACCUGAAAUAGCUAUGUCUGCAUUGGAACAUGCCCUGAACGGUAGUACUAUGAUUGAUAAACGAAAGGCUAUUCUGAAAACAUUCACGGAGAUUAUCUUCACAAACUCCUUUGUCACUUUUCAAGAAAAUGUGUACACAGGCAAAAAGGGUAUCCCAACUGGAAAUUGUAUUUCGCGUCAAGUCGCUGAUAUCAUGCUUCAUUGGGUGCUAUUCAUCAACAUCUGGCCUGAAAUGAUACAGCUAUGGAGUCUUAUUUUAUUCUGGCGACGCUUCAUCGACGAUGUCUUUGGAAUUUGGAAGGGCUCCAGGAGGCAAUUUGAUCUUUUUGUGUCGAAACUAAAUGAAGCCGCAAAACGAUUUGGAAUUCAGUUCGGUGAUUGUCAGUUUGGCAAAUCAGUUAACUACUUGGAUGUAGAACUCUCCCUGGGGGAGAACAACAACAUCGACUACAGACUAUUUAAGAAAGAGACUGAUGCCAGGCUUUACCUUAAUACUGAUAGUUUCCACCCAAACCACGUCUUUAAAUCAGUAGUAUUCUCACAGAUGAUCCGAGUGAUCAAGCGAAAUUCGCAGGAUCACACAUGUGUGGAGGACCUGGAGGAACUUAAAGAAGACCUAAUGAAAAGUGGACACAAGGAGGGGACCUUAACGGAAACAGAGCCUGAAGCAGUCUUGAGAUCAAUAGAACACGAUUUGUAUGAGAGGGAAGAUAAGAAGCCAAUCACUGACAAAGUUGUCUUUUCAGUGAAAUUUUUCAAAGAGGUCACUGAACUUAGGAAGUUGGUUAUUUGA